AAAAAAAAAGUGAACGCAGAAAAUUUCCCUUUCUUUCUUUUUUUCGUUUCUUUUUACUUACAUUACCAUAACGACUGUACCCACGAUGACGAAAUCCAAAAGACGGCAUGGAACCAAAGCACCUGGAAACAGACGACCUGGAUCAAAAUCACCGAAUAAUGGCGGUAGCAAUGCAUUUCAACCUUUGAAUAUGUUUUUCAACAGUCCUCGCUCGAAUGGCUAUCAAUCUAUCUCGAACAAUGUAAUAUCAAAAGUAUACACACUGCCCCCUCCCCCACACAUAGUACGAUAGAUCGCACUGACAACCGUUGGCUCUUCGGUUCGUAGGACGUGAUAAGUAGGAAUGACAGUGAUGAUCAGCAUACGGCUUAUUUUUCAAGGUCACCGAAUCCAAUGAGUCCUCAAGAUGUUGCUAUCAACAUGGACAAUAACAGCAGCAACAACAACCAUAACCAUGGUACAACAAAUAAUGGUAUGAUGGGUUAUACAUCAGAUAUAGAAACAGCUAGUCAAAGUCCGGUAGAAGGGGAUGUAUGUUUUCCGACACCGAAUAAAAGAGAAGAAGGAGGCAUUGAUUUUGAUGCGUUAGAAGAGUUCAUCAGCCAAGAAAAAAAGGAGAUUGCAGAAAGCAGAAGGACAGACAGUACUCAUACAGCAGCCUCAGGAAUGCCUCGGAGGAGGAGAUUGUCCACUGUUGAUAAUGGUAGAAGAUACAGUUUAUAUGGUGAUAGAAUGUUGAAUGCCGCCGAUAAGAUAGAUACAGAUCUGUAUCGCGUCAGUUUUUACUCUACAGCAGAAAUCACCACUGUUCAUUCCCGCUCCAUUAGCGAGAUACCUGAAUACAACGAUCAUGAGACACUCUCCAGCAUGUUGAAAAAGGGCUGCUUUUGGAUUGAUAUUCAUAACCCGACAGAUGCUGAAAUGAGGGCGCUCGCCAAAGCUUUUCAUAUCCAUCCGUUAACCAUUGAAGAUAUAUGUAUGGAAGAACAAAGAGAGAAAUGUGAAGUAUUUUUGAAUUACUAUUUCAUCUGUUUCCGAAGCUUUGAUCAAGACGAGUUUUCCACUACUUAUUUACAACCAUCAGCACUUUAUAUCAUUGUCCUUAAAGAAGGUGUCUUGACGUUCCAUUUCAAAUGUAUGCCUCACCCUCACAACGUUAGAAAAAGAAUCAAGCAGCUGAAAGACUACAUCAACGUCACACCGGAUUGGAUUUGUUACGGACUGAUGGACGAUAUCACCGAUUCUUUUGCACCACUGAUACGCGCUAUCGAGUUUGAAGUGGAUUCUAUAGAUGAAUUGGUCUUGAUUUUGAAAGAAUCGGAACAAUCCGAUAUGCUUCGUCGUAUUGGCUAUUGCAGGAAAAGAAUGAUGGGCUUGUUGCGAUUAUUGAGUUCAAAAUCAGACGUCGUCAAAACGCUGGUGAAGAGAGGCGAAAUAGCACCCGCAGACGGUACGCGGCCUGCUUUGAGUAAAGAAGUAGCAUUGUAUUUAGGCGAUGUGCAAGAUCACCUCAUUUCUAUGGUCUCUUCUUUGAAUCACUAUGAAAAAAUUUCAUCCAGAUCCCAUUCGAAUUAUCUGGCGCAAAUAUCCAUUGAAAUGACUCAAACAAACAACGAAAUCAAUGAUGUGUUAUCGAAACUGACGGCUUUGGGAAGUAUUUUGGUUCCUAUGAAUCUAGUGACGGGUGCUUGGGGCAUGAACGUACAAGUGCCUGGUCAGUAUCAGGAAGAUCUCACUUGGUUUGCUGGCAUUAUCACUACCAUUUUAAUCUUUUGCGUUAUUUCUACGAUUUUGAUGCGAUACUAUAAUAUUGUUUAAAAGGCUUACCACAGUCUAUCCUGAGACUUUCUUAUUUCUUUUUUUUUUGUAAAAUAUCAUUGUUGGUCGACGCAAAGACACGUAAAGCCAGAUUCCAUGGAUUUUAUUCAUAUCACCCAUUCCAUGUUUUCUUACAUUAUUCCCACUCUUAUUGCGACUUUAUAUAUAUAUUUCUUUUUUGGUUCUGUACAAAGCAAGUCCAUGUAUAGCCUUGUCUACCGUCCAUUGAUGAACACAAUUGGAUAAACAAUGUUUCUUUUUUUUUUUUUAUAUAUACAUUUGGUAUGUACACAUCUUUAUUUU